AUGGAAGAGAUCUUCCCGCUCAUGUCCAAACUGCCAGCAAAGUACGUCAUACCGUACGUGACGCCCUCGUCCGAUCAGGCCAACCGCGGCGACUGCUGGCUGUUUGCCACCGCGGGUAUCCUCGAGUCGUCCUACAUUCACUACGGCGCGACCAACGGCUACCUUGACGGCACCAAGUUCCUCAGGCUGAGCCGGCAGGCGCUGGGGAUUGCGCUGAUGGAGGAGUGCAAAAAGAACCCGACCUCAAUGUGC